GUGUCCUCCCCAAGUUGUGACUCCCAGGGUCUUCAUGCCGAGGAAGCUCCAACCUCAGAGCCGCAGAGUCCCGUAACACAGACCAGUAACGGCGCACCACGUCCUGCCUCCAGCGUGACGCCGCUCCCUCUCGUUUCACGACUUAAGACUGAGCAGCCAUCCAACCAGACGGAAGCCGCCACUCCUUAUUCUGUGGUUUGCACUCCUGUUGCCAAGCGGCUGUGGGAGGGCGGCAGCACCCGCGACGGAGGCGGGUUGGGCUCGGGUGGAGGAGGAGGGGCCAGAAAGACGGCCCGUUAUUCCCAGGAGGCGGUGCGGGGCAGUGCCAUCCAGACCUCCGUAGCCCUCGGACUGGCCAUGGGGAUGAACGCCACCACAACCGGCCUGGCAGGCAUGGCGCCCAGUGGUGGGAUCGGUGGAAAUGCCGGCACCAACGGGAAUUCUGCAGGGGGGCUUGGAAUGUCAGAGGGUGCCAGCCCCGGCACACUGAGUACCUACGCUAGUGACUCACCCAUCAGCUACCAUGACGAUGAGGAGGAAGAAGAGGGAACGGACGAAAGUGCCGAGGAGCAGUACAGGCAGAUCUGCAACAUGUAUACCAUGUACAGUAUGCUCAACAUGGGAGCAGCAGCAGCCGGGGAGCGAGUCGAGGCCCUUCCCGACCACAUAGAGACCCGAGGUCGGAUGCGGGGUCGAGACCUUACUUGUCUUCCUCCAGAACUUAUUGCACAGAUAGGAAACCGCUGCCAUCCCAAACUGUACGAGGAAGGAGACCCUGCUGAGAAACUAGAGUUAGUCUCAGGUAUGCAAGUGCGUCCGAUUAUUGUGGAGCAYGGCGAUGAAGUCCUGGAAGGAAAAUCUGUGUGGAUAAUUCAGCUAACACUUAGGUUUAUUGACUAGGUGUUUGUGUUUUAAUUACCAAACUAAAAGAGUCGAUGUGCCACCAAGCACAAUAUAAAGUCGAGACAAAUCAAUCGAUUACAGAGGAUCAUUGAAAGAUAUUCUACUUUGCACAUGUUACAGCAUCACCCAGUGUGCAAAGAGGCCAAGUGACCUGGCCUGACCUGUAGUCCAAAUAAGAUUUUUUUUUAACUUGGCUUGUUGUGAUUAAAAAUAAAAUGGUCUAAUAUUGUUUAAUUAUUCAGCUUUCAGAGAUUAAAGCACUGAAUGCAAUGCACCCCUGACCGUUCUUUAUUUAUUUUAUUUUACUUAUUUAUUUAGCUUUUUGGUCAUUUGAGCAGUUUUAGUAAUUCACAAUUCUAUUUACUCUGUUUCACUGCUGUCAGAUACAUUUCAAUGAGUUGUUAUAAGGUUGCCUUUUAAGGUGAGUCCGUCACAUAGCCAACAUUAUUUUAUUAGAUUUAAUGAGUGAGCAGUAUUUAUUAUUCAUUCUGGUGUGUGUGUGUGUGUUUGUGCGUGUGUGUAGGUGCGUGUGUGUGUGUGUUUUUUUUUAAAUAUUAACUUAUGUUGUGCAUAUAGUAUAUUUCAGCAGAUAACACUGGUGUUAUAUUGCACCAGAGGCCAUGCUUCCUGGUUCAACCCCUGGCUGUUUCUCUGAAAUUUCUUCAGUUAUCUCCCACAUUUCUGAGAGUUGCAUGUGAGGUUACAUGCUGCUGGAAAAUGAAUCRGUGCUCCAUUGUUAGUGUAUUUUUUGUUGUGUUUUUGACUU